GCUCCAACAUGGCGUGGAGGAGCUGCUCCGUCCUGCUCAGACUGACCGGAGAUGAGCUGCUGCGGGGCUCCGUGAGGGGAAGCAGGUUGACUCAUGGCUUCCAGCAGCAGCGAUGUGGCUUCAGGAAAGCCGCCAGGAAGCCAGAAGCUAAGCGAGCGGAGGAGGAGUUGGGUUCGACCCGCUUGGAGCCUCAGAGGAAGAACCAGGAGCCUCUCUGGGAGCCGCUGCCUCCUCCUUCCCCCAGCAGGGGGCCAACGCUCAGCCGCCUCAUCAAACCCAUGCUCUUCACUGUGGGGUUUACAGGCUGCUCCUUCGGCUCGGCGGCCAUCUGGCAGUACGAGUCUCUGAAGUCUCGCGUGCAGAGCUACUUCGACGAGGUGCGAGCCGAUUGGCUGGAGAAGAUCCGGCCUCAGAAACGAGGAGACGUCCGCAAAGAGAUCAACCAAUGGUGGAGCAGCCUGAGUGAAGGUCAGCGGACGGUCACAGGGAUCAUUGCUGCGAACAUCGUGGUGUUCUGCUGUUGGAGAGUCCCGUCGAUGCAGCGCUUCAUGUUUAAAUACUUCACUGCUAACCCCGCCGCCAAGACGCUCUGCUCUCCGAUGCUUCUCUCCACCUUCAGUCACUUCUCGUUCUUCCACAUGGCCGCUAACAUGUACGUUCUGUGGAGCUUCUCCUCCAGCGCUGUUUCCAUGCUGGGGAGAGAACAGUUCAUGGCCGUCUACAUGUCUGCAGGAGUUAUUUCUACGUUUGCCAGUUAUGUGUGUAAGAUGGUCACUGGGAGGUUCGGCCCGUCUCUCGGAGCGUCUGGAGCCAUCAUGACCGUCCUCGCUGCUGUUUGUACCAAAAUGCCAGAAGCUAAACUGGCCAUCAUCUUCCUCCCAAUGUUCACCUUCACUGCUGCUAACGCUCUGAAGGCCAUCGUUGCCAUGGAUACGGCCGGUGUGGUGCUGGGAUGGAAGUUUUUUGAUCACGCUGCUCAUUUAGGAGGAGCGGCGUUCGGGAUCUGGUACAUCAUGUUCGGUCACGAGUUGAUCUGGAAGAACCGCGAGCCGUUCGUUAAGUUCUGGCACGAGCUUCGGACUCGAGGCGGGCCGAGCGGCGGCGGGAACGGUCCGGGAGGAUCCAUCUAACACCUGGAACCCUGAAACCUGAAACCAAGAGACUCCUAAAACCUUUAAAUAUGUAUAAAUGUACAGAUGUGCAGAAAACAGCAGGAAGAAGACGCAGCAGCAGCAUCGAGCUCCUUUCUGCUUCCUCACG